AACCUAAACCACAAAGGUAAAGCCUGUAAUUAAUAAUUGUACACACAUGCGAAAUCCGAACGCAGUUGUGUUGCUGUGCUCUUCUUCAUCUCCGUUUGCUCUGUCGACUCUCUGCAAUCGACUUCAAAUCAAAGAAAGAAGAUAACUUCGAGAUACACAUACAUACAUAGAGAGAGAGAGAGAGAGAGAGAGAGGGAGGAUGAAGACCACAAAAGGAGGCAAAGUCAUGAACCCUACGGACGCUUAUCGAAAAGAGCUUCGCAAGAAGGAACUGAAAAGGAACAAGAAAGAAAGGAAGAAAGUGAGGGAGGUAGGGAUAUUGAAGAAGGAUCCCGAGACACUGAAGGAGCAGAUAGAUAAGCUGGAAAUGAUGAAGGCAGAUGGUGCUUUAGAUAAAGCAAGAAAACACAAGAAGAGACAACUUGAGGACACACUGAACCUCGUUCUUAAGAAGAGGAAGGAAUAUGAAGAGAAAAUGCGAGAAAAAGGUGAAGCACCAGUUAUGUUCAGUCAUUUGGGACCUCCCCGAAGACGGACAAAUGCAGAAGAAGAAGAAAGAGUCAAGCACCCAAAACCUGAAGACUCAGUUUACUAUCACCCUACAUUGAAUCCCACAGGAGCCCCACCACCUGGAAAGCCUCCUAUGUUUAAAUCGUCAAUAGGACCAAGAAUUCCCUUAUCAGCAGCAUCAUCGAGUGAUGCUGCAUCAUCAUCGAUGUCAGAAUUGGAAGAUGUUGAUUUAGGUGUUCCUCCACCUCCACCUCCACCUCCUCCUCUGCCCCAUACUGGUGAUGUAGAUGCUGGAGAUUCUGUUAUACCUGCAUCUUUGCCUUUACCUCCUCCACCUCCUAUGCCACCAAAGGCUGCUGUGGCAGAUUUGGGUUCACCAUUGCCUCCACCUCCUUUGCCACCACCACCUCCUGGCCCCCCACCCAAAGAUCAUGUUGCAAUUCGGCCUCCCCUUCCUCCACCUCCGCCAUUCCAGCAGUUUGCUCAGCCACAUCCACCAGGCACUGGUGGAAGUGAAAGGGAGAAAAAUCAAUCUUCAAAGUCAGAUGAUUCAAUCUCCAAGGAGCCAGUUCAGGCACAUACCAUUCUCCCUCCACCCCCUCCACCUGGGUUACCGUCAAAGGUUGCAAGUAAUCAAUCUGAAGGUGCACCAUCUGAAUUUGAGGCCAAAAAUUCUUCGGGGACCAACGAUCUCCCUAAACUGGUUCCCCCACCCCCACCUCCAAGGCAACAGCCUGCAGUGCUCAGUCCUGCACUGGUCCCAAAUUUACAGCCUGAUGUAUUACCCCCAGGAAUUUCAAGAUUCCCCCCACCCCCACCCCCUCCUGGAUUACCUGGCCAAGCUGUACCCCCAGGCAUGAUCGUUUCUCUAAUUCCGAGGCCACCUUUUGGGCCUCCCCCUGGACAAGCCCUCAUGAUGAGACCACCACUUCCCCCGGGUCCCCCUCCUUUUUUACAAGAUGAUUAUGCUGCAAGACCUACAGUUCCUCAGAAGCCAUCAUAUGUUAAAUCUGCUGCAUCUACUGUUGUCAAGAGGCCACUUGCUCAGCACACUCCAGAGCUUACAGCCAUGUUGCAUUUUGACAUGGAUAUGGAACCUAACAAUGAUUGUGGUUGGAAGCCAAAACUAGGAAUGCCAUUUGAUUCAAAAGGUGUGUAUUGUUUUUAUAAUGCAUAUGGAGAAAGAAUGGGGUUUAGCACAAGAAGGGAUUGUUGUAACAAGAACAAGUUUACUAAACAAAUUAUUUCUAGAGUUUUUGUUGACAACAAGGAGGGUUUUCGGAAGGUUGACAAGCGAGACCCAUUGACAAAAAACUCUAGAGUUGAAACUAGCACUGGUUGUGAGGUCCAACUUUUUGUUAAAUUGGAUGUGGCUAUUGGGAAAUUUGUUGUGAGUAAUUUCAAAGAACACAACCAUGAACUUGUAUCAGUAGAUUGUGCCCACAUGUUGCCAUCGCAGAGAAAGAUAUCAGCUACAAAAGCUAUUCAAUUAGAAACUGGUGGGAGGCAGUCUCUUGGAUUUAUGAAAUUAGACCAAAAAAAUUAUUUGAGAACCAAAAGACAGAAAAGUUCAGCAUAUGGGGAGGGAGGUAAUGUGUUGCAAUACUUUCAACAGAAAUCUUUGGAGAAUCCAUCUUCUUUUUUAUGCUUUCCAGUUAAAUAAUGAGGAGCAAAUAAU